GGAGUGACUCACAAGACACAAUGGAGCUGCAGUGACAAUGUAAAUAGAUGGUGCCUGUUCUGCUAUUCAAACAGAGGAUUAUUUAGUGUCACUGGAAUUCUGUCAACGUAAUGGUGAAGUGCUAUUGUCCCCGGGCUGCUAGAAGCUAGCUAACUGUUGUUUGUACGCUAACGAAUCACCUCGGUGAGAUAGCGAGCAGCCCUGGUAGCGAGCUAGCUAAGCACCUGCUCGAGCUGUGGGUUCUGUCCAGCUAAUCUGCCUGAGAGGUAUCAUGGAGUUUCCCUUUGACAUAAACAAGUUAUUCUCCGAGAGGGUCUCUGUCUUGGACCAGACCCUCAUUGCAGGGCGUUCAUCGGCAGGAAGGCCAGAUCUUCAAGCCCACUUAACGACAGUUAUAGAUGAACUUGGGAGAGCCUCAGCAAAGGCCCAACAGCUCACAGCACCUAUAACAAGUGCUUCCAAGCUGCAGUCCCAGAGGCAUCAGCUGUAUUUGCUGAAGGAUGGCGAGAGCAACGGAGGACGUGGCGUGGUCGUGGGAUUUCUCAAGGUCGGCUAUAAGAAGCUUUUUCUGCUUAAUCCACAGGGGGUCCACAUUGAGGCAGAGCCACUGUGUGUGUUGGAUUUUUACAUCGCAGAGAACUUGCAGAGGCAUGGCUAUGGGCUGGAGCUGUUUGAUUUCAUGUUGCAGCACAAGAAUGUCGAGCCAGUUCUUAUGGCUUACGACAGGCCCUCGCCCAAGUUCCUGUCGUUUCUGGCAAGGCAUUACUGCCUGACACAGAGUGUUCCUCAGGUCAAUAACUUUGUGGUUUUUGAAGGCUUCUUCCUCAACAUAUCAGCAGCCCAGUUGAGAAAGGUUCCCCUAAAAAAGCCGGACGGAGAGAUCAAACCCUACUCUUUAAUGGAGAGAGAAGUGGUGCGUCAGGAGCAGAGGGCUCUUCCCUGGCCGUUUCGUCCUCCUCACUCCCCCCAGCGGUCGGUAUCCUCCCAGUACUCCCACUCCCUCAGCGUGGGAUCAUCCCCCAGCAGGGCGCCCACUCGAGCCGCCCCAGCUUCUGCCCCUGGGGGGAGCAGGGACCAGAGCCCAGAGUCCCCUCUAAUCGAUCGCUGCAGGGCAAGACGCACCAGCCAACAGGGUCUAGUUGCCAGACGCAGCAUGUACAGUCGACACCUGGACAACAGAGUUGUAGGACUGCCGGACAGACACUUGCCGGGUCUGAGGCCAGUGGAGGAUCAGUCACACGCACUGGGACAUACAGACACACACAGGUUGGCCAGUAUGCACACAUCACAAAGCAGGUCCCAACAUCUCUCACUCCCAUCUCUGUAUGCAUGCAAGAAGGAUGACACAUGCAGCAAGACCUCCCUAGACAGCAGGGAGACACACAUGGACAGAUGUUCUGAAACCUUUGGUACUGCAGAGGAGAUCAGGGUGUUGGACAGUUCACGGCGUCAAAAAGGAGGCAUGGCGGUCAACCAGAGACAUCUGUUGGAGAAGGAGAGUGACAGGAGAGGACAAGGCUGGUCGUGGAUUGUAGGAGAGAACUGCUACACCGCCCAGUGGGUGAAGCAGAAGCAGGAAUACAGGAGCACCCGGCCCUGGUGAUCAGGGGCGGGCGUAAUCAGGGGCCCGGGUGCCCUUGGGGCUCUUUUAAAUGUUGCUGCCAAAAAUUAACUUGUUAGCGAACUCAUGGCGAACUCAGGCCCAUUCAUUGCUUAAUUGCUGAAGGGAACAAGUGCUGAAGCAUAGAUUCAGUGUAACCUUCAGAGGUUUUCAGGAGCAUUGAUAAAGUGAUUUCCUGUCCAAGUGCCCAGAGCUCUUUCUAAAAUUUUCAGUUCUGGGCUCAAACUAUGUUCUGGAAAAAAUAUGGCCAGUCUUGUCCACAGCAGCUAUUGUAGUGUCUUUUUAAUUUGAUCUCCAAGUUGAGUGAUUUAACUAUAAUGGGUUGAUCAAACCUGUGCUGGAGCCAAUCAACUCUUCAGACAGCAGCCAACUCACUUAAAAAUACUGGUCGUAUUGAAGCAGCCGUAUAGAGGCAGGAGUUGAUAACCAUAGGGGCAUUAGCUCUCAGCACUCAUUGUUGGUGUUUGCUGCUUCAUAUGCCAAAAGGUUUCAGUAUUCGUCAAACAAAGUGCUUGUCAGAUUGACCAACAGUGUUUGAAAGCCCUCCUCCAGCAGCUGGAGGGCAAUGUCCAAAAAUGCUUGUAAGAUGAAGAGGUUUAAAGUACAACCGCAGUGAGUUUAUAAACUUGUUGUCGCAUUUUGGAACAAAGAGUGUACAGUAUUUGCUAAAUUCAUCCCCAAAACACCCAUAAUCUGCAAACUAAAAAUCUGUUAAAAGGUGUCACUAUGCUUUAAAGGACGUGGUUUUCAGAUUGUCUAUCAGCAAACACUUCUGUAUCUUACGUCAUGGCAUAGAUAGCACUGGUGAAAUGUUCUGCUUGUGAGACAAAGCCAAUUUAAAUUUUGCUAAGCCUUAGAGCUGCACCUAUUACUAACAGGCUGUGACUUCCUGUAUACUGAAAGUCUUGAUUGCCAACAAGAAGAAAAGUUUAAAAGCUUUACCUUAACACUGCUGAGAUCUUCUAACUGGCUGCCAGCGCUAGUCAUAGUAGUGUCCCUCUAGUCUUGCUUCCAUAAGGGCCAGAUGCACAAAUCAGUGUGUACACACAAAGACAGAAACAUGCAUAGUCACUGUUUUCUAUCACAUCUAUUAAGCUGUCUGGCGCCUGAACCUGUUUUAUUAAUCUCAACCAUUGUGUCCGGGCACAUGUGCUUGAGCUUUAUUUACGUUCCCACAAUUCAUCCAUAAAUGGAUGUAGAAAAGGCCAUAAACAUUCAUUUGUAUACUGAUACGUGUGCCUGUUCCAUUAAACCUGCCAAUGAGAGGAAAAGGUUCAUCUGACUGUGUUUCAUCAGUGAGGUUCUCCAACAGGCUCAGAACAGCUGUCAUUGCACAGCUUUGGCUGUUUAUAGAGGCCGCACAUAUAGCCUUGCUGUACACUGCCAUCAUGGUAAUAUCCCUUCCGCCAUUAUUAAAUGUCAGUGGGAUAAGCAAUGAUUAAUCUGUAGAGCUCACUUUUAAGCAGACUUUUCAAAGUGCUGUUUUUUUUAAAUCAAAUGAAAAGUCAGUUAGUGGGGAAGUAAUGGUUCCAAUGUUAAUAAAAAGCAUGAUGAAGUUAAUCACUCAUAAAUUACUUGAAAGUUUAAAAUGCACCUCUGAGUGACAUUUUACUGAACACAAAAUAAUAAAACCAUCAGUCCUAAAAAAUGUGCUACUCUCAAGGUCACAUCUCACCUUAUCUUUCAUGUCCACCUCAUCAUUUCGCCCUCAACUGUCACACAAAAAUCCAUGUUUACGCUGGUCUGGAGUGUAUGUGAGGUCAACCGCAGUCUUCCUUCGUAAAUACCUCUUUAUGUGUAGGAAAAUUGUCCUAUGUGUACUUACACCACUGUAGACCAGGCAGAUUUCACACGGGUUCACAGGUGAUGAGAAUGUGCGUACUGUUACACAUGUUUAACACGAUGUUACCACCUUAGAAACUCUUCAGUCUGAUUAGCGGGAUGUUGAGUUGACAUUUUGACAUUUCAUUCACUCAAUCGUGUUAGUACUAUAUCUAUAGUUUAAAAACCCUUCACUACGAUUACACAGUGACGUGUAAGUUGUUUACCUUGUUUUUACAGUCUUUUGUAAAUAUGUUUGUCAGUAUGCAUUUUGAUAAUUAUAAUGACUUUUUAAUGAAUAAGUAUAGAUGAUUUUGCUUCUGGAACUUCUCUUCCACACUAAACUAAAUUCUUGGCCUUUUUAUGCAAACCAGGUAAUGGGGGGGGGGUGUAAACAACAGCCUACAGUAAAUUGUGGGGAUGGUCAGAGAGCACGUACUUACAUUUCAGGAUGAAUCAGAUUUAUGAGGAGAAGGCACGUGGGAACAGACGUAUGUGAAGUUUAAUAAAUCUGACAAAAAGACAAACCA